ACAGAAACUCGUUCCAUGGGCUGCUCACUCCGAUUCUUAUCUUUCGGAUACGGAUAACCACACUGACUGCCUACUAUGCCAACUAUGUCCGUCACCUCCCUCUCCGCAGCCCUCCCAAGGCCGAAAUACACAGGUGAAGAAGAAGAGCUCAAGGGCGGCGAGCGCACACUCACCCCCGACACCCGACUCGCAACUAGGCAGAAGGGUCCACCACCAUACGGCCAACGACAACGAUGGCGCCCUCGGUCCGCGGAAGAUUACGGAGAUGGCGGUGCGUUCCCAGAAGUCCAUGUUGCGCAGUACCCGCUUGACAUGGGGCGGAAGGGAACAUCUGGCACGUCGAACGCGUUGGCGAUGAAGGUGGAUGGCGAGGGGAAGACGAAGUGGGAUGAGAUUGCAAAGAGGGGCCACGGCGAUUCGAGGAUUGUGCAGGCGAGCUUCAAGGAUCUGAUCCCGCUACGGCAACAAGCGAAUGCUGGGGAAUUGGACUUAGAGCGUCCAAGCCAGGAGUUGGUGGAGGCGACGAAGGAGAGGACGGCAGCAGCACUGCAAGCACUUGUUGCGGGACAGACUGCUGCUCAACGGCCGAAGAUGGUCAAGGGUCGAUCGAAAGAGGAGCCUACCUUCGUUCGAUACACGCCCACGGCUCAGAUGGGAGAGGCGCAGGGCAAGACACGAAUUCUCAAAAUCCAACACCGACAACUUGAUCCCAUGGAACCACCAAAAUUCAAGCACAAGCGCAUUCCACGAGGACCACCGUCUCCUCCGCCUCCUGUCCUACACUCUCCGCCGCGUAAACUGACCGCGGAAGACCAAGAAAUGUGGAAAAUUCCACCCCCCAUCUCAAACUGGAAGAACCCGAAAGGCUACACUGUGCCCCUCGAUAAGCGUCUCGCCGCUGACGGCCGUGGCCUCCAAGAUAAUACCAUCAGCGAUAAAUUCGCCCAAUUCUCCGAGGCCCUCUUCGUCGCGGACCGCCACGCCCGCGAAGAAGUCAAACAGCGCGCUCUAAUGCAGCAAAAGCUCGCUGAAAAAGAGAAACUGCAACGCGAAGAACAUCUCCGCGCUCUUGCCCAAAAAGCCCGCGACGAGCGCGCAAACGCCGGCCGUCGAAGAUCCUCCACUCGGCGCUCUAGUGCCAGUUCCUCCGGCUCUGAUACAUCCGGCUCCGAUGAAGAAGACUCUGCUCGAAAGCGCGAAGAAGUCCGACGCGAACGCCGACAAGAACACCAACGCGAACUGCGCCAAUCGCGGAUGGGCACCGAACGCCGCAUCCAAAUGAUGGCACGUGAACAGAACCGCGAUAUCUCUGAAAAAGUCGCGCUGGGUCUCGCAAAGCCUACACAGUCCGGCGAAUCCAUGUACGAUUCCCGACUGUUUAAUCAAACGUCUGGAUUCGAUGCUGGAUUCAAUGAGGACCAGCAUUACGAUAAGCCGCUGUUCGCAGCCCAGGACGCCAUUUCGAGCAUUUAUCGUCCGAGCGUGCAACAGGAUGAGGGUGGUGAAGACGAUGGAGAGACGUAUGAAAAGAUUACGAAGAGUAGUAAGUUUGAGGUUCUUGGGAAGGCGAAGGAGGGGUUUAAAGGCGCGGAGUUGGCGGAGGCGAGAGAGGGCCCGGUCCAGUUCGAAAAGGAUACAGAUGAUCCGUUUAAUAUCGAUGAGUUGAUCCGAGAAGCGACUGGUGGGAAGGGUGGAGCCGGAGCUGGAGCUGUGGCUGCAGCUGCAGCGAGGAGUAAGCGGUAUGGGAUCCAGGAGCCGGAAGGAAGGGCUUCGAAAAGGGCGAGGGUUGAGGAGGACGAUGAUUAAGGAGAGAGAGAUAUCGCUGGAGAGCUUGAUGCUUACCUGAGCAAGGAGUUCGCCCUACAAAACACUAAUCAGCACUAUAUUUCAGACGUUCGAAAAAUUCACCGAUGCCAGUCCUAACACUUCCUCCCUUCUAAGAAUCGGAAUACUUAUCAAUGAGAUCGGAGUUUCAGCGAAGGGAUUAAAAUGCGAUGAAAAGGGGUUGAAGAUCGAGCAGGCAUGGCUUUGCGUGGCGCCCAUCCAGACAAAGCACAUCAUAUAUGGGAAUCAAAAUUGGGUGGAUUAGUGUGCAAGACUGCUACAUGCAAUGGAGGAUGUUUUAUACAUGCUUAGAAUUAGUUAGACAU